AUUUGUGUCUCUGGAACAUUCGUCUUUGACAAACGAUUGUGAAAGACGGGGAAAAGAAAAGAAAACAACAAUAACAAGUGGAAGGACUUUGGAGAGGAAGAGCGCGUCCGUGCGCAUUUCUCUGGGAUAUUACCAUACCCACCCGCGUCCUCCUCAUCAUCCUAAUCAUUAUUAUCACUCUUGUGUUGAAUAAAAUGAAAGUUUGGACUUUUCUCCAGUGUCUCGCCAUCCUGCUCGUCCUGUGUGUGGGAUCAGACUGCGGGACGGUCCUGAGACAGACCCGAUCCAAACGCGAGCUGGUGAAGAUCAGAGAAGCCAAAGCGGUCUUCCCGGGGGCUUGUGCCACCCGGCUGCCUCGGGGCAAGCGCUCCCUGCCGGCGCUGGACCGCCGGCUCCCCCGCCAGCGCCGACGCUCCUCUCCGGCGGAGGAUGCAAGCUCCUAUCGGGGAAAAGCCGUUUAUUUUACGGGCAGAGGAGACCAGCUGAGACUGAAACCCGGCGUGGACAUACCAAAGGGCAAUUUCACUCUCCAGAUGUGGGUCAAAGCGGAGGGUGGGCAGCGUUCCCCCACCGUUAUAGCUGGUCUCUUUGACAAAUGCUUCUAUGCCUCCAGUGAUCGUGGAUGGCUGUUGGGUAUUAAAGCUGUGAGUGAACAGGGAAACCGUGACCCACGUUUCUUCUUCUCCCUUAAAACGGAUCGAGCACACAAAGUUACGUCCAUUCAUUCAAAUGCCCGCUACUUGCCCAACCACUGGGCCCAUGUAGCUGUGACUUACAAUGGCCUCUAUAUGAAGUUAUAUGUCAAUGGUGCUCAGACAGCUGUUAGCAGGGAGCAAUCAGGUGAUGUCUUCAGCCCCCUUACUAAAAAGUGUAAGGUGCUGAUGGUGGGUGGAAAUGCCUUGAGUCAUAACUACAGAGGCUCUGUGGAGCGUGUUGGUCUAUGGCGACAGGCUCUCUCUCAGAGGCAGAUCAUGAGGGACAUGCAUGGACAUGAGGACCCUGAGGACCUGGUCGACCUGGUGAUCCGUGAGACAUUUGAACACCCAGCACGCAAAUGGCUGGCUGUGAAGGAUGGCAGCUUCCCAAUACCAGAUGAGGGUCCUCGUGCUGGGUUGGGGUCUUUGGACACUACCCUGGAGCCUCCAGCUUGCGGACAGACGGUGUGUGAUAACACAGAAGUGGCACGCAACUACAAUCAAUUCUGGAGCUUCCGCCGCCCCAAAACAGUACGGUAUCGUGUUGUGAAUGUGUUUGACGACUCUCAGUGCAAACCCACAGUCACGGAUCAACAGAUUCACCUGCAACACCAGCAUCUGAAUGAAGCCUUUAACAUGUACAACAUCACUUGGGAGUUGACUGUGCACAACGUGAGCAAUUCGUCUUUGUAUAACCGUCUGGUACUCGCCAACUGUGAUAUUAGCAAGGUGGGUGAUGAGGACUGUGACCCUGAAUGCAACCACACUUUGACUGGCUUUGAUGCUGGUUACUGCAAGCCCAGGACACAAUGUCCUGAACAUAAACAAGGGAAUGGCGUCUGCGAUCCAGAGUGCAACUGUGAGAACUACGGUUACGAUAAUGGAGAUUGCUGCAACCCUAGCAUCACUGAUGUGACCAAGACUUGCUUCAAUCCAGCUUCUCAUUUAAGGGCCUAUCUGGAUGUGAAAGAGGUAAAAGAGAUCCUAAAGCUGGACGGUUCCACGCACCUCAAUAUCUUCUUCGCCAAUUCCUCAGAUGAGGACCUUGCUGGAGUUGCCACCUGGCCAUGGGACAAGGAUGCACUCACACAUCUAGGUGGCAUAGUUCUGAAUCCAUCUUUCUACGGAACGUUUGGCCACACUCAUACCAUGAUCCAUGAGAUCGGUCACAGUCUGGGACUGUACCAUGUGUUUAGGGGCAUCUCGGAGAUCGAAUCCUGCAAUGAUGCAUGUUUAGAGACUGAGCCUUCACUGGAAACUGGAGAUCUGUGUGCAGACACCAAUCCCACACCGAAAUACAAGUACUGCAGGGACCCUGAGCCUGGCAACGAAACGUGUGGCAACCGCAAUUUCGUUCACACUCCCUACAAUAAUUACAUGAGCUAUGCAGAUGACGACUGCACUGAUUCCUUUACACUUAACCAGGUAGCUCGCAUGCACUGCUACUUGGACCUCAUCUACCAGACCUGGCAACCCAACUACCGGCCCCCUCCAGUCCCCAUGUCACCCCAAGUGGUAGAACAGGGACAAGACUCCAUUACUGUGGAGUGGUUUCCACCCAUCUCUGGACAUUUCUAUAACAGAGAAGUGGGAUCAGUAUGUGAUAAAUGUGCAGAAGGUCAUGUCCUCCUGCAGUACGCCUCCAAUUCUUCGUCCCCGCGUCCCUGCUCCCCGUCUGGCCACUGGAGCCCCAGAGAAGCAGAGGGACCACCAGAUGUGGAGCAGGCAUGCGAGCCCAGCGUCCGCACAUGGAGUCCAAAUAAUGGCAUGGAUCUGGGAAUGGUGCCUCCCCCCUGCCCUCUGCAAGGCUGCAUGUUACAGCUGGAGUUUGCAUAUCCAGUGGUCCCUGACUCCCUCACAGUGUGGGUGACCUUCUCCUCCCAGGAGGAAACAGUCCUGCCUGCCAUCCACAAUAUCAUCCUAUUGACUGUCAGUGGCAACAACCUGUCUCUGGGUCCCAGUAAUUUGUUCUGCGACACACCGCUGACUAUCAAGCUGGAUGUGCAUGAGAAGGUGUAUGGCGUGCAGUUUUUCACCAUGGAGCAACAUUUGGAAAUUGAUGCUACUCUGCUCACGUCUAAACCCAACUGUCCGCUCUGUCAAGAAUGUGAGCCACUGCACUACCGGCUUCUGCGGCAGCCGCCGUUUGUCCACUCACCCCAGGGUGUCAUGCUAAGAGACUCGAUGCGAAGAUACAUGGACAGGGAUGUUGAGUAUGGUGGGGUUUACACUUACCAGGUCCAAACAAUCUCCAGUCGGAGUGUGAGUGAACCGUCACCUCCAUUGACACACCGCCUUGGAGCGCCAUACUGUGGAGACGGUCUCAUCCAGAGGUCCCAGGGAGAGGAAUGUGAUGAUAUGAACACUAUGAAUGGAGACGGCUGCUCUGGCCACUGCAAGAAGGAGCCGUUUUUUAACUGUAUUGAUGAGCCCAGCAUGUGCUACUAUUAUGACGGCGACGGUGUAUGUGAAGACUUUGAGCGGGAGACAAGUGUGAAGGAUUGUGGCCUGUACACGCCGAAUGGUUUUCUGGACCAGUGGGCCACCUCAGUGGAAGUGUCCCAUGAAGAGAGGCUGUACUGUCCUGGUGACGUGGCUGCAGGAUAUCCUGCUAUUACUAAGACAUGCCAGUCUAAAGUGUUUGACCUCUCUGAUGGAGUGUCUCAGUACGCCUGGUUUCCAUGUCGAGAGGCACAGGGUGUUUCCUGGUAUCCCCAGUAUUGGUUAAAGGCGUAUUUCUCACAUCCUAUGGUUGCUGCGGCCGUUAUCAUCCAUUUAGCCGCAGAUGGAACCAGUUACAUUGACCAAACCCAGUGUAACAUCACAGUCCAGCUGAUCGACACUAAAGAGAGCAUCCACAGCUUAGGCGACUGGCGUUUGAGCUGCCGCACCAAUCCUCUGGUCAUCCCAGUGAGUCAUGACUUGAGCAUGGCCUUCUACCACACCAAAGCCAUUCUCCUCAUGUUCCGCUCCGAUCUCGUGGCCAUCUCUGGCAUUGGCUUGCGUUCCUUCCAGUUCUUUGACCCAAUCACCAUCAGCGGCUGUCAGAGCAAUGAAAUAUACAACCCCAUGGGCCAGAGUUGUGUUCAUUACUCCUGUGAGGCCAUUGAUUGCCAAGAGCCGCUGAUCCGGAAUGCAGAGGUGCAUUGCAGCGACAGUGGCUACUUCAAUGGAGCGCGCUGCACUGUCACGUGCAACAGCGGUUAUGUCUUACAAAUCCACCGGGACGAUGACAUCAUCAAGAGCCAGACGGACUCAACCGUGACCAUCACCUGUGCUGAUAGGAAAUGGAACAAGCAAGUAUCGUGUGAGCCAGUUGACUGUGGCCUUCCAGAUAAGUACCAUGUGCAUCCUGCCCACUUUGAUUUCCCAGAAGGCACCACCUACGGCAAGAAGAGCACGUUCCAGUGCAAGGAGCCUGCUCAGCUCAUGGGCACAAAUAACACUCUGACCUGUAUGGAGGAUGGUCUGUGGUCAUUCCCGGAGGCUUUGUGUGAGCUCCGCUGUCCCGUGCCUCCUCCCGUGCCCAACGCCAUGCUUCAGACUAAACGCUGCAAUGAGACGGGUCUUAAAGUGGGCACUCUCUGCAAAUACAAAUGCAAACCGGGAUACCAUGUGGCCAAUAAGCCAAAGAGGAGAGCCUUCAAGCGUCAGUGUACAGAAGACGGUCGCUGGUUAGAGGGCUCUUGUGAGCCGGUCACUUGUCCACCUCCUCCACCCGUCUUCUAUGGCAUGUACCAGUGCACAGACAGCUUCAAAUUUGACAGCACCUGCUGGAUCCACUGCAAUAGGGCCAACAACACAUUGAGACAACCACCAUGCAAACAGGGGCUCGGCACCAAUGUCAUCCGCUGCAGAAAGGACGGGAACUGGACCGGAAACUUCCACUUAUGCCCUCAGCUGAAGGGUCAAUGCUCUCUACCUCAGAACCUGCAUCCCAGCAUCCGUGUCAACUGCAAGAAGGGCCAUGGAAUAGGAGAGGAGUGUGAGUUGUCAUGCAGGGACAGUAACAACGAUGUGGUCAUUCUGCCGAACAACAUGACGGCCAGCAGCAUUAUGAGACAUCACUGGAUGAACCCUCCCAAAGUCAAGCACAUAGUCUGCACCAUGGGUCUGAAGUGGUACCCCCAUCCAGAAGUCCUGCGCUGCAUUAAAGGAUGUGAGCCUUUCAUGGGUGACAAUUACUGUGACGCCAUCAACAACAGAGCCUACUGCAACUACGAUGGAGGCGACUGCUGCCAUUCCACUGUCAAGACUAAGAAGGUGAUUCCGUUCCCCAUGUCUUGUGACAUCCGAAGAGAGUGCGCUUGCCGGGACCCCAACGCUUUGGAGAACCGAAAGGGAGAGCACUUGCACUCACUUGGUUAACACGCACCACCAAGCCGGUGUGCAGACUGGGACAGGAUGAGAUCUUCUUCCCAGAAAUGCUGCUGGUUCACAAUUGUACCUCUCCUCUUAUAGCUGUUCAUCAUUUCCAAGUCCAAGUCUACCUGCUAUCUCUUACACUACAUUUGGAAAAGGAUCCCAAUGUCAAGACCUCACAAAGGACCAAAGCUGUUUUGUGUAUAGGCCGGGACACACCAAGCUGACUUCAAAGAACUAGCGGCGACGAAAGCAGACGGUGUCGUCUCGCGUCGGACAAAAAGCUGCGCUCGAACACACCGCACAUACUACAGCCACGUGCAUUCUGUGCAUGUAUGAGAGGAAUUAACAGUCUAUAUCCGCAACUAUCAAUAGUAUAUAUUGGUCAUUUAAAAGGAGAAACCGAAAACAAAGAUAUACAAGAUUAAUGCAGAUAAACGAAACGUAAACAAAGCAGUGCUUGUUUACCAUUUUGAAUUUCAGUAACGCUGAUAACUUUAAUCAUUUUAAGUGGCUCACGUUGUUAUGAAAACAUUUGAUUGAUUGGGAAAGAUCAUGUAACAUUUAAACAGCUUUCUGUCGGUACCGCCCUUCAUUUACGUACUCGUUUUCACUUUCACUUGAGUUCUUAGCCACUGACUCAUUCGCUAAACUGAACAUCCAAUCAGAUCAGACUGCUGCCAACUUGAGCCCGACGAGAGUCGACGAGUGGAACACACCAAACAAACUAGCCAGACCGUCGCUUGCUACCGACUUGGUGUGUCCCGACCUUAUGCCAUUUGUAGGUCUCUCACAACCCCUCCAAAAAAAUUAAAACAAGGCAUCGCAAGGGAACCAGACUGAUUUGACCAAAGCCAGAAAAAGAAGAAAUGCACUCUCAAACUCAUUUAGGGGACUUGAUUUGUUUUAGUUUGUCUUGGAUGUGACCUCAGUCAUCCCAGGAAGGUGGUGUGUGGCAUUUCCGCCCUCACCUGUGUCCGUAUAACAAAGAUCAUACUCAGUAAUCAGUGAUUGUUUUAAUGUUCCUGAAACUAUACAAAUCUAUCAAAUACAAAUGCGCAAUAGGGAAGAGCUGCCAGUCUUGUCGCACACUAUUUAUGUUCUGUUAUAAAAUAAUUGCAAUUUGAGUUUUUUUUUUUUUUUAAAUGCACUCCGAUAGAUCUGUGCAUAGAUAUGGUGAGAAAGAAUUGGUUUCUUUAGCAUGGCUGCUGUUGUUGCUGCUACGAUUGCUGCUAAUUAGUCAAACAACAGACAACAGGAAUAUGCAGGCCAUGAUCUAGUGUGCCGUCAGUCUGCCUUAAUACUUACCUCUUAUCAAUAUAACCAUCCGUGACCGAAGACCUCCCAUUAAAGCUCCAGGCCAGUGCUGAAUUGUAACUCAUCCUGGUCCGAAUGCAAAAUAGACACAAAUUCCUGAAUGUAGAGGCCAUUGACAUACAUAUUUUAUUUAACUGAAAUCGUUAGUUCACCCAAAAUAUGAAGAUACUAUAAUUUACUAAUUUUUGUGUGUGUGAAAUACUAGAAAAAAAAAGAAAAAAAAAAAAAGAAAUCUUAAAAUAUGCACCUAAUUUCCAUAAAAAUGACAGUUCAAUUAAAAAGCAGUAUUCCAUUCAGGUCUUCUGAAGUCAUACAGGUCUUGUGUGAUGAAGAGAUUGAAAUUAAAGUGAAUAUUCACAGAAAAUCUUUCCGUCCACUGCAGAUCUCACAUGUCAUUCUCCACUCUCUGGUUUCAACACACAUGAGAACCGAUGACAUCAAAGCAUGGUGUGACGUCCAAAGGUGCCAUAUUUCAGUCUGACCGCAAUCGUGGAAGAUAUUUGUGAGCUCUGAUGGAGGGAAAAAUUUUCAGCAACUAAAAACAGUUUAACCUUUGGUCUGUUCCUCACACAAACCCAUCAGCUUCAGAAGACUGCACAAGUACUAUGGACCGCUGCUGUGGUAGUUCUGCGGUUCUUUGCAUUCUUAAAUUGACCAUAAUUAUGUAAUAUGAAUGAUGACGACAAAUGGAGACUCUUACGUACUCUUUCUAAUCUCAGUGAAUCUGCUGUCAAAAGCGUUUCAAAGGUAGCUUACUGCACAUGUGCCAACUUCGUAACCACUUGUAUGUGCUUUUGCCAAAAGACAAAAAGGAAAACAAUUUAGCUUCAUGGUAAUCGGAAUUACUUUAUAUAUGCAAAGUUGUAAUCAGAUUUCAAAAUCAGAGUGAAAAAGAGAGAAAAUUAAUAUCACUUUAAUGAUUAUUACUUUAAGGGAUAGUUUACCCAAAAAUGGAAAUGUGCUGAAAUGUACUCAAACUUAAGCCAUCCAAGAUGUAGAUGAGUUUGCUUCUUCAUCAGAUUUGAAGAAAUAUUGCAUUGCAUAACUUGCUCACCAAAUUGAUCCUCUGCAGUGAAUGGGUGCCGUCAGAAUGAGAGUCCAAACAGCUGAUAAAAACAUCACACCAGUCCACAAGUAAACCACACCAUUCCUGUCCAUCAAUUAACAUUUGUGUGAUGAAGAAACAAAUCCAUCUACAUGGCCUGAGGCGGGAGUAAAACUAAAAACUCAUUUUUGGGAGAUCUAUUGCUUAAAUGCAUUCAGAAAUCAAGUUAAGCAGCCGCUAUAUAGGUUUAAUUUAUUUGUUCUUUUGUGUAAUAUUUGGCUACCAACUGUGGACUUCUUCUUCAAACAAACCUCUUCCCCUUAUGGCCUUGACAUGUUUUAACUAGUUUCUCACUAAUGUCUGAAUCUCCAGGUUUGACUCUCUGUAUCAGGUGCGUCAAACCUGCUUCUGGAGUGCCAUCUUGAAGACUGUAGUUGCAGCCCUACUCCAAAACACCUGCCUAAAGAUCUUGACUAGCUUGUUCAGGUGUGUUUAAUUAUAAUUGUGGCUAAACUCUUUAGGGAGAGCUACGUUUAACCCCCUGGGUCUAUAGUGAUAUCCCCUUAUAUCGGCUGUUCGAUCAAAAUGCCACAAGCCAUAAUGAUGAAGCACAUGGUAAAGAAAUAAGUAUAAUGUUACUGUGGUACUCACCUGCUGAAGAGUUUGCCAAGUGCAAAAAUCCACGUUUAUGCAGAAAAAUAGCAUUUAACAUUUCUGAUAAGGUUUGUCUUAUCCUUGAGGUUAUUCAUUUAGUGCGAUUGGGCCAAGGCUCCUUGAACAUUGGCAUGGAUUACAUGCUAAAGCAUUAAAGAUUAUUUUGUGUGAUGUUUUAAUAAUAGGCAUCACUUUGUGCAAUUGUAGACAUAUGGUAGUUAAAGUAUAGUAACUAUGACAUUUAUGAUUGAGGAAACAAAAAAAAAAAAAGAAAAAAAAA